CGACGGCAAUUUCAUCGAUCACGCCUUCGGCCCCUGUUCGCCUGGUUGAGCUUGUUUGAGCACUACCUGGCAGCUUCAGUGCGAGCCUGUAGACCAACUCCAGCGCCGAGGACGAAAAACCGCGUCGCCGCGGCCCCCGCCGGCCAAAAGAAACCCUCUUUGAGGCCAGCGGCAAAUUGCCGCAAGAAGCCCAGGAUGGUGAAGCUCAGGCGUCCCCUCCUCGCCGCCGCGUCGGUGAGCUCCGCCGCGGCCUUGCUAGCGCCGCAGCCCGCCACGAAGCCCCUCACCGCGAGAUCGGUCCUCGCGAGCCCCGUCGACGCGCCCUGGAGCCCCGGUUCGUGGAGAAACUACGAGGCGAAGCAGAUCCCCAAAUAUGAUGAAGAAAAACUCCGAAAAGCGGAGGAGGAACUCGCCGGUAGUGCCCCAUUAGUGUUCGCGGGAGAAGUACGCACGCUCAUGUCCGACCUCGGCCGAGCCUGCAAGGGUGACGGGUUUGUCAUUUUUGGCGGUGAUUGUGCGGAAUCCUUUGACGAGUUCUCGGUAGAUCAUGUGAGAGACACCUUCAGAGUUAUCUUACAGAUGGCCCUGAUCUGCACCUAUGGCGGCGGCCAGCCCGUCAUCAAGAUCGGGCGCAUGGCGGGCCAGUUCGCCAAGCCUCGCUCGUCGUCGACCGAGACGAUAGAUGGCGUCACUCUACCGUCCUACCAGGGCGACAAUAUUAAUGAGGACAAGUUUACGGCCGAAGCCCGAGAACCGAAUCCGAGUAGGAUGGUCAAGGCCUACCACCAGUGCGCCCAGACGCUGAACAUCUUGCGGGCCUUUUCUACCGGCGGCUACGCCGAUCUGUCGCGUUUACACAACUGGAACCUGGACUUCGUCGAGCAGACGCAACAGGGGUCUCAAUAUAGAAGGCUCGCGACGAAGGUCGAAGAGUCUUUGCGCUUUAUGAGGGCCAUCGGCGUGGACACGACCACCCCGGAGUUCACGCAGUCCAACUUCUACACGGCCCACGAGUGUCUUCUGCUGCCUUACGAGCAGGCGAUGACUAGGGAGGACUCUACCACAGGCAGGUGGUACGACUGUUCUGCGCAUUUGCUCUGGGUCGGCGAGCGGACGAGACAGCCGGGUCUCGCGCACUUCGAGUUCGUGCGCGGCAUCCAGAAUCCGGUCGGCGUGAAGAUUAGCGACAAGGCCUCGCCCGACGACGUCAUCGAGAUCCUGGACACGUUCAACCCGAAGAACGUGCCGGGCAAGGUCACGUUGAUCACGCGCAUGUCCGCCGACAAACUUCGAGAACAUUUACCUUCUGUAUUAAACAGGGUCAAGGCCGAAGGAAGGGCCGCCUUGUGGGUCUGCGACCCCGUCCACGGCAACACCUACACGUCCAGCAACGGCUUCAAGACGCGAGACGUGGCGGCGAUCAAGGCCGAGAUCCAGGCCUUCUUCGACGUCCACGAGCAGUGCGGGACGCACGCGGGCGGGAUUCACCUCGAGAUGACGGGGAAAGACGUCACCGAGUGUGUGGGCGGCGACAUGAACGCCGUGACGGUGGACGGCCCAAGAGGCUUGGACACGAAGUACCUGACGCACUGCGACCCGCGGCUGAACUCGGCGCAGGCGCUCGAGAUCGCGUUCAUGGUCGCCGAAAGAUUGCGGGGGCAGGCUGGCUUGCCGGCGAUGUUGGAUUAGGUCUCCCCGGGUAAUAUAUCCCUCCUU